AGUGAUUUACUGAUGCAGCUCCUCUGUGAUUCAAGUGGUGCCCUCUUCAUGUGUAAAUAUCUUGGCAAUAACAUGCUUGUGGUCAUCAAGGCAGCUGAUAUUAAGCAGGUGGUAGCAAUGGUACCUCACCAGAUUGAUGGAGAAAACUGCAUUUUUAUGUUUGAACAGCCAGGGUUGGAUGUCAUGAGCCUCAGAGGAUUCUUGAUUAGUGAUGAGGAUGAUGAAGAUGGGGACCCAACUGCAGCU